CCCUGGGAGGGGAAGGGAAGGUGGCUGUCUCGGCCCCGCGCCCGUGCGCACGCCCGCGGCCGGGUUGCAGGUCUGGGCGCGCGCCCCGCGUCCGGGGCAGGAAGAUGGUGGCGAGCGCGCGGGUGCAGAAGCUGGUGCGGCGCUACAAGCUGGCGAUCGCCACCGCGCUGGCCAUCCUGCUGCUGCAGGGCCUGGUGGUGUGGAGCUUCAGCGGCCUGGAAGACGACGAGCCGGGCGAGAAAGGAAGGCAGAGGAAACCACGGCCACUGGACCCUGGUGAGGGCUCCAAGGACACAGACAGCUCAGCAGGGCGGCGGGGCAGUGCAGGCAGAAGGCAUGGGCGUUGGCGGGGCCGUGCUGAGAGCCCAGGCGUGCCAGUGGCCAAGGUGGUACGGGCAGUAACCAGCCGGCACAGAGCUAACCGGCGGAUCCCUCCUGCCCCACCACCAGAGGCUCCAGGCCGCCAAAACCUGAGUGGGGCAGCAGCUGGGGAGGCACUGGCAGGGGCUGCUGGCUUCCCACCACAUGGAGAUACGGGGAGUGUGGAGGGUGCUCCCCAGCCCACUGACAAUGGCUUCACCCCUAAAUGUGAAAUCAUGGGCAAGGACGCACUGUCUGCCCUGGCCCGGGCCAGCACCAAGCAGUGUCAGCAGGAGAUUGCCAACGUGGUGUGCCUGCACCAGGCUGGAAGCCUCAUGCCCAAGGCUGUGCCCCGGCACUGCCAGCUGGCUGGGAAGAUGAGUCCUGGCAUCCAGUGGGAAGAGAGCCGUGCCCAGCAGCCCUUGGAUGGCCCCCCAGUGCGUAUUGCCUAUAUGCUGGUGGUUCAUGGUCGUGCCAUCCGUCAGCUGAAGCGUCUCCUCAAGGCUGUCUACCACAAGCAGCACUUCUUUUAUAUCCAUGUGGACAAGCGCUCCAACUAUCUGCACCGUGAGGUGGUGGAGCUGGCUCAGCGGUAUGAUAAUGUGCAGGUGACACCCUGGCGAAUGGUCACCAUCUGGGGUGGGGCCAGCCUUCUCAGGAUGUAUCUGCGGAGUAUGCAGGACCUGCUGGAGGUACCUGGCUGGACUUGGGACUUCUUCAUCAACCUCAGUGCCACUGACUACCCAACCAGGACCAAUGAGGAGCUGGUGGCAUUCCUAUCCAAGAAUCGGGAUAAGAAUUUCCUUAAGUCGCAUGGCCGGGACAACUCCAGGUUCAUCAAGAAGCAGGGGCUGGACCGGCUGUUCCAUGAGUGUGACUCGCACAUGUGGCGCCUGGGUGAGCGGCAGAUCCCGGCGGGCAUCGUGGUGGACGGUGGCUCUGACUGGUUUGUUCUGACACGCGGCUUUGUGGAGUAUGUGGUGUACACAGAUGACCCACUUGUGGCCCAGCUACGCCAGUUCUACACAUAUACACUGCUCCCGGCUGAGUCCUUCUUCCACACGGUGCUGGAGAACAGCGCAGCCUGUGAGAGCCUGGUGGACAACAACCUGCGGGUCACCAACUGGAACCGCAAGCUGGGCUGCAAGUGCCAGUACAAGCACAUCGUGGACUGGUGCGGCUGCUCCCCCAACGACUUCAAACCACAGGACUUCCUGCGCCUACAGCAAGUCUCCAGACCCACCUUUUUCGCCCGGAAGUUUGAGUCAACAGUGAACCAGGAGGUCCUGGAAAUCUUGGACUUCCACCUGUAUGGUAGCUACCCACCUGGCACACCAGCCCUCAAGGCCUACUGGGAGAACACUUACGAUGCGGCUGAUGGCCCCAGUGGGCUUAGUGAUGUCAUGCUCACUGCUUACACCGCCUUUGCCCGCCUCAGCCUGCGCCAUGCUGUCACUGCUGCACCCCAUCUGGCCACCACACUCUGCAGGUUUGAGCCCAGGGGUUUGCCGUCCAGUGUGCACCUGUAUUUCUAUGACGACCAUUUCCAGGGCUACCUGGUGACGCAGGCGGUGCAGCCCUCAGCCCAGGGGCCAGCAGAGACGCUUGAGAUGUGGCUGAUGCCCCAGGGGUCGCUGAAACUGUUGGGGCGCAGUGACCAGGCCAGCCGGCUCCAGAGUUUGGAGGUCGGCACUGAGUGGGACCCCAAAGAGCGUCUUUUCCGGAACUUUGGGGGGCUGCUGGGACCACUGGAUGAGCCUGUAGCAAUGCAGCGCUGGGCACGGGGCCCCAACCUCACAGCCACUGUGGUAUGGAUUGACCCAACCUAUGUGGUGGCCACAUCAUAUGACAUCACAGUAGAUGCGGAGACAGAGGUCACACAGUACAAGCCUCCACUGAGCCGGCCCCUGCGGCCAGGAGCCUGGACUGUUCGACUGCUUCAGUUCUGGGAACCACUGGGUGAGAUCCACUUCCUCGUGCUGCCCUUGACCUUCAAUCGCAAACUACCUCUCAGUAAAGAUGAUGCCAGCUGGCUGCACGCAGGACCACCUCACAAUGAAUACAUGGAACAGAGUUUCCAGGGCCUGAGUGGUAUUCUGAACCUGCCUCAGCCAGAGCCCAUGGAGGAGGCUGCCUGGCAGCACACAGAGCUCACAGGUCCUGCACUCGAAGCCUGGACAGAUGGGGAACUGAGUGGUUUCUGGUCUGUGGCGGGACUGUGUGCCAUGGGCCCCUCUUCCUGCCCCUCCCUGGAGCCUUGCAGACUGACCAGCUGGAGCUCUCUGUCCCCUGACCCCAAAUCGGAGCUGGGGCCUGUCAAAGCAGAUGGGCGACUCAGGUAGCAGGGCCCCAGCCAACAUGCCCGGAAGACCCGGGGAAUUGCACCUUACAGACGAUGGAGGGACAUCCCUUCCUACACACAAGAACCAGAGGUCCAGGCAGUACACCCAUUUCAGCCAUCAAGAACCCACUGACAGCAGGGAAGGUGGGCACAGUACUCACUACUGCUCAUGGCUCUGCUAGGGACUAGAGCGUCAGUGGAAACGAGAAGAUGCUUCAGCAGCACUGUGUGCCGACUCUUCCUCCCCCUCCUCCCUAGUUUGUACUUUUUUUUACUUUAAAAUGGGUGGUGUGGGGAGGAGCUAGAAACAAAAGAUGUGCAAUAGGGCUCAGAGCAGCCCCAGGAAGUGGGCCAUGGCUGUGGGGAACAGGGCCUGCCAAGCCCAUCUGCUACUGCUCUGGAGAAGAUGGGCCUGCCUCACUCUCCUGGGCCGCAUUCCCCAGCCUGGGCCUGUGGUGCUCAGGGCUGAGGCUCUGCAGGUGUACAGGUGCCCUACCAGGCUCUGAGACCUGCCUGGAAAACAGGUGAUUUGGGGGCCAGUGUGGAGCUGGGCUCUAGCGGGACAGCCUCUCCUCUGGUAGCCAGGGGACCCUAGAGCAGGGGUGGGGCUGGCUCUCGGGAUUUCCAGCACACCCUGCCAUAUGCCAGGAAAGGCAGGGCAUCAGGGCCUACUGAGACCAAUGCAGUUUCCCAGGUAUUCCCAGGUGCGCCCUUCAGAGGUGAGCCUCACUAGCAAGUGUAGGAAGACUAUCAGGACGCUCAGGAGAACCUGGAGUUGCAUUGUGCCUGAAGCUCAGUGUGAAGUCUGAAAUAUGCAACAGAGUUGAAAUAUAUCUCUAUCUCUCUAA